GGCAACGCCGAGCGCGCGUGUACCCUGUGGUUGUCCCUGUGGUUGUCCCGGAGGCAGGAGUUGCUCAAGGAAGGCCGGGUGUCCGUUUGCACAAUCCGUGCUGCGCCCACUGCCCAGCCCCCUCUCCCCUCCGCCCCUGUCGCCGUGGGUGAGACGGGCGGCUGAUAAAAGGCGGGAGGCAGAGUUGUCACCAGCUGCCUGUUGCCAAGCCGACGCCAUGGCAGGUUCCGUGGCCUGGACAGGUUUGCUGGCCCUGCUGCUCCUCCCAUUCGGCUCCCCUGAGAAGCUGGUCUGCUACUUCACCAACUGGGCCCAGUACAGACAGGGGGCCGCACGCUUCCUGCCCCAGGACGUGGACCCCGACCUGUGCACGCACCUCAUCUACGCCUUCGCGGGCAUGAAGGGGCACCAGCUCAGCCCUGUCGAGUGGAACGACGAGCAGCUGUACCGGGACUUCAACGGCCUGAAGCAGAGGAACCCCCGGCUGAAGACGCUGCUGGCCAUCGGCGGCUGGAACUUCGGCACCCAGAAGUUCACGGACAUGGUGGCCACAGCCCAGAACCGCCAGACCUUCAUCACCUCGGCCAUCGCGUUCCUGCGCAAGUACGACUUCGAUGGCCUCGACCUUGACUGGGAGUACCCGGGCAGCCGGGGGAGCCCCCCCACCGACAAGCCACGCUUCACCCUCCUGGUGCAGGAGCUGGCAGCCGCCUUCCAGCAGGAGGCCAGGGCCUCGGGGCAGGAGCGCCUCCUGCUGAGUGCCGCCGUGCCCGCGGGGCGAGAGGCCGUCGCUGCCGGGUACGAGGUGGACAGAAUCGCCCGGAGCCUGGACUUCAUCAGCCUCAUGGCCUACGACCUGCACGGCUCCUGGGAGCGGACUACGGGCCAUCACAGCGCCCUCUACCCGAGGCAGGGGGAGCAGGGGGCGGCGGCUGAGCUCAAUGUGGACUCCGCGGUGCAGCAGUGGCUGCAGCAGGGGACCCCGGCCAGCAAGCUGGUCCUGGGCGUGCCCACCUACGGACGGACCUUCACCCUGGCCUCCCCGGCAAACACCGGGGUGGGGGCCCCGGCCACCGGGCCCGGCACCCCAGGCCCCUUCACCAAGGAGGCAGGGCUGCUGGCGUACUACGAGGUGUGCGCCUGGAAGGGGGCUGCCCAGCACCGGAUCCCAGAGCAGGAGGUGCCCUACGCCUUCCGGGGCGACCAGUGGGUGGGCUUUGACGAUACCGAGAGCCUCAAAGCCAAGGUCAGCUACCUGAAGCAGAAGGGACUGGGCGGGGCCAUGGUCUGGGCGCUGGACAUGGACGACUUCGCAGGCUCCUUCUGCAACCAAGGCCGAUACCCCCUCAUCAAGACCCUGCAGACGGAGCUGCGGAGUCCAGGGGCAGGUCUCCCACACUCGCCUUCGGAGCGCCCCCAGCCCGACAUUCCCGCACCGGGCCCGCCCUCUGACCCCGAGGGUGGCCCCGGCCCUGGACGCGUCACCUUCUGCUACGGCCGGGCCGACGGGCUCUACCCGCACCCCCAGGACCCGUCCAGCUUCUACAGCUGCGCGGGCGGCGGGCUCCACCCGAUGCACUGCCCGCAGGGCCUGGUCUUCAGCGCCGCCUGCCAGUGCUGCACGUGGGCUUGAGCCGCAGGCCCUCAGCCCCAGCCCGGCCGAGCCUGCCCCCCCGCCCCCGCCCCCACUCCCGGGCAAAGUCUGGCCCCUCAGCCUCUCCGUGGGCUUGGUGGCCGCUCUUCCUGCUCUCGGCCGGUUCCUGGGCCCGGCUCCUCGGCUGCCUCUUUUACUGCGAAAUAAACCCGCUGCACCCGC